AUCUCCGCACGUAAUAUCCAACAUACGAUCCACAUCUUGCGAUUCAAAUGCCGGUAGACGAAAUCUGUCUGAAACGUUCACAAUUUCUUCUUCAAAAUCAAAACAUUAGUCAAGCUUCUUCACAUCACAUCAACAACACACUCUUCUUCUCCUUUUUGUCAUCUGAAAUCCCAGUUUCUCAUAAAAACACAAUCUUUUCUACAACCCCAUCUUCAUAUUGAAAACCCAGAUCUUACUUCACCCUUUUCGCAAUCUUUUUUCCAAAAUUAGAUUUCCAAGAUCCCUUUUCUUGAGUUACCUUUAUGGCAUUUGCAAGAUAACGUGCUCAUUCGGGUCGGGUCAAUGUCGAAGAAUUUACGGUGGAUCGGUUUUGUUUUUGUUAUCUUAUACUUCUUAUCAUCCCCUUGUGGGGUGUUUGCUAUUGAUGAUUUCAGACAAGCAUUUCCAAUCGUAGAACCGGAUCCUGGUCAUACAAAACUUCGUCUUUCUAGUGAAGGACUGGAGGCUAUUAGGAGAAUAACCAAUCCUAUUGCAGCCGUUGCCGUGAUUGGUCCAUAUCGAUCUGGAAAGUCCUUUACGCUUAACCAACUUCUCUCACUUUCUUGUUAUGAAGGUUUUGGUGUUGGCCACAUGCGUGACACAAAAACGAAAGGAAUAUGGGUAUGGGGAACUCCAGUUGAAAUGGAUAUUAAUGGGGUGAAAACGUCUGUAUUUUAUCUCGAUACCGAGGGAUUUGAAAGCGUAGGGAAAUCAAACGUCUACGAUGACAGAAUAUUUGCUCUUGCGACAGUUUUGAGCUCGGUCCUUAUCUACAACUUGCCUGAGACGAUACGCGAAGCUGAUAUAUCGCGAUUGUCAUUUGCCGUUGAGCUUGCCGAAGAGUUUUACGGAAGAGUCGAGGGGCAAGAUGUGGCGUUUGAACCGGCAAAACUACUGUGGCUUAUACAACGUGACUUUUUACAGGGGAAGUCGGUAAAAGAAAUGGUGGAUGAAGCUCUACGACAUGUUCCUAACGCUAAUGGUGACAAAAAUAUUGAUCAGGUUAACCAGAUUCGAGACUCACUAGCUAUUAUGGGUGACAAUAGCACAGCAUUCAGCUUACCACAACCACAUCUCCAAAGGACAAAGCUUUGCGACUUGAAAGACGAGGAGCUCGAUCAGAGUUACGUUAGAAAGCGAGAACAGUUGAAAGAAGUUGUUAAAUCUGUUAUUCGUCCAAAGAUUGUACAGGGCAAAUCACUUAACGGGAAGGAGUUUGUAGCUUUUCUUGAAAAGAUUUUGGAAGCUUUAAACAAGGGUGAGAUUCCAUCGACAGGGUCUCUUGUUGAGAUAUUUAACAAAAAAAUAUUGGAGAAAUGUUUGAAGAUAUACGAGGAUAGUAUGACAAAAGUGACUUUACCGAUUUCCGAAGAAUCAUUACAAUCCAUCCACGAAGCUUCUAGAACCGAAUCUUUGAAAUCUUUCGAUGAACAACAUUUCGGUCGUCACCAUGCCAAAAAAUCGGUUGAAGCACUUGAUGAAGAUAUUGCAAAGAUGUUUAAGAAUUUUGUUAUGGCAAACCAAUAUCAGUCGUCGAAAUUGUGUGAGGAACUUUAUACAUUGUGUGAGGACAAAAUGGACCAGCUUCAAGUACUCCGACUACCGUCAAUGGCUAAGUUCAAUGCCGGUUUUCUUCAAUGCAACCAAAGUUUUGAAAAAGUGUGCGUCGGGCCUUCUAAAACCACAUAUGAGCAACGAAUGGUGAAGAUGAUGGAAAAGUCAAAGUCUUUGUUUAUAAAGGAAUAUAAUCACAAAUUAUUUAACUGGUUGGUGGCCUUUUCGCUUGUCAUGGUGAUUGUGGGCCGUUUUGUCAUAAAGUUCAUUUUGCUUGAAAUCGGAGCUUGGAUACUUUUUAUAUUUUUGGAGACGUACACGCGGAUGUUUUGGUCACCUGAGUCUCUUUAUUACAACCCCGUUUGGCAUGGCAUUGUAGCAACAUGGGAAACACUUGUUUACAGCCCGAUUCUUGAUUUAGACAGAUGGGCGAUACAAAUCGGAUUCAUGGCAUCAAUAUUGUUAAUUUACUGGCGGUGUUUCAGAAGAAGGAAACACGGGUCCCACUCUUUGUUACCGUUGUACGCAAACAAUUCAAAAGUUCGGGAUAGAUCAGAAUAGGGAGGGCAUGGCAGCGUUUCGACUCUGAAAAAUGUGGAAAGAAGGUGUGAAUUUUGUGAUCUGAAUUGGAUAAUAUUAUACAUUUUAUAUAAAGUGAGAGAAGAUGUAGGAAUUUUGAGUUGAAGGAUGGAUGGAUAUAUGUAAGUUUAGAAAUUCAAAUUGUUUGUAUGAUUGUAGAGGCACCCAUAUUUGUUGAAGUUGUGCCUGCUCAAUCUAUAUCAAAAUGUAGUAGUACUACUAAUGUUCUUUUUGGUA